AACAAGGGUGUGGUGUGGCUUGUUUCAUCGUACAAAAUGCACGUGUCAAGCUAGCUAAGGAAGGGUGGAAGCGAAGGCGAGCCCCCUAUGGCUUAUCAGCAAAUCCCGCCUCAUUUGGACUGGCCCUUACCAUUUCACUGCACCAAAGGUCGCAUCCACUUCAGCCAAACCCAAUAUCCUCCAACCCAUAAGCAAUAAAUAAGCGUUUCCAAGGUAACUUUAACGCCUCCUCUCCUCUCUCUUUAAAAACAACAAAUUAUCGAUUCCGUUCUUCUCUGACCAUCUUUCUUCUCUCAAUUUUCACUGCCUCUUCAUCACAUCGACAGUUUCAGUUAUAAUUCACCGAAUCGUACGGUGAGAGAGAGAAUAAUAAGGCGUUUUGUCCGGUGAGAUGGCAUCGUUGAUAACGAAUCCAGUGACGAACACAAAUUCUGAUCGUAGCAACAGGAAAAAGAAGAAGAAUUCUAUGGUGAAACAGAAUCUUCAACGGAGCCAAAAGGAAGAUCAUGCCAGAUGGAAGUCAGAGGCGCAGCAGCAAAUCUAUUCCUCAAAGCUUCUUCAAGCUUUGAGUCAGGUCAGUCUCGGUACUCCCUCUCCUUCGGCUCCACGCGGUGGUCGAGCUGUCCGUGAAGCCGCUGAUAGAGUGUUGGCGGUUGCUGCUAAAGGGAGAACCAGGUGGAGCCGGGCAAUUUUGACGAGCCGGCUUAAACUGAAAUUUAGAAAGCAGAAGAGAUCACAGAGAGGAUCCGCUGCUGCCGUUGCUGCCGCAACAAGGACUAGCCGGUCGAAGAAACCGAGAGUUAGCGUUUUGAAAUUGAAAGCGAAAAGUGUACCGACUGUUCAAAGAAAAGUAAAGGUCCUAGGCAGAUUGGUUCCCGGUUGCCGGAAGCAACCGUUACCGGUAAUUCUUGAAGAAGCAACUGAUUACAUAGCGGCACUUGAGAUGCAGGUUCGAGCCAUGAGCGCUCUCGCCGAUCUGUUAUCUGGCUCCGGAGCCGCAAGCUCUAGCUCGGCUCCUCCGCCUGAGUGGCCAAUGCCGCCGACCAGCCAAUGACGCUUUUUUAUUCCCUUAAUUGACAAAUGCCAAGUGUCAUCCUCAUCUUUUUCCCUUUUUUUUAAUUCUUAUUAUUAUUAUUAUCUCCUCUUUUGCCCUUCUCUCUCUUUCCUCAUCAAUCACCUCUUCUGUUAAGUACAUUAUUCUUCCCUUUCAUUUCACAAAAAUAAUUUAAAUAUCUCACAUUUUAUUUCAA